AUGGGCUUCCUCAAGUUCUCCCCUUUCCUGGCUCUUAGCAUCUUGGUCCUGUACCAGGCAGACAGCCUCCACGCAGUGCCAUUCAGAUCUGUCUUGGAGGGCAGCCCAGACCUGGCCACACUCAGUGAGGAGGAAGCGCGCCUCCUGCUGGCUGCACUGGUGCAGGACUACGUGCAGAUGAAGGCCAGUGAGCUAGAGCAGCAGCAGGAGACAGAAGGCUCCAGCCUGGCCAGCUCCAGAUCUAAGCGAUGUGGUAAUCUGAGUACCUGCAUGCUGGGCACAUACACCCAGGAUCUCAACAAGUUUCACACGUUCCCCCAAACUGCGAUUGGGGUUGGAGCACCUGGCAAGAAAAGAGAUAUGGCCAACAACUUGGAUGUGGACCACCGCCCUCAAUUUGGCAUGCCUCAAAACACCAACUAA